AUGAUUGAGUCUGAAGCCGCUGAUGCCAGGGAUUCGUGCGGGUUGGAACCUACCAACCCCCACGUGCAGGAGCUUGUCGCCGCCGCCAUAGGUGAUGAUCCCGACUGGUUGGAACUUGCCAGCCUCGACAGGUUGGAGCUUGCCGCCACCGCGUAUGUGGGACCCGCUGGGAUGGAACUUGCCGCUCCUGGCAGGUUGAAUAUUGCUGGCGCCAUUGGUGUGGCCCCCGACAGGGUGAAAGCGGCUGCAGUACAGGCUGCACAGCCACCGCUUGGGAAGGCGGCCCGGCUGAGGGGUCGACGUCCAUCAGCUCCGAAGGCGGUGGCGACUGAAGAGGGACCGCAGGCGCCGGAGCGACCACCCGGGGCGCUCCCGCAUGAAGCUGCGCGGGAGGCAUCAACGGGACGGGCUGUCGGCGUGGUAGCGGCGACGGCUGCUGCUGCUGCUGCCCUGGGGGCGGCAGCGAAGUCGGAAGGCGCGGCUGGAACCCGCCGCGGACCAAAUCUGUGGACAAAGAACGAGCGGCAGAAUCCGGGCGGCUAG